AUGUGUCUAAUUUGGACCCAGAAGUACCUCCUCUGCGGUUGUAUCUGGAAUAUCCGAGAUCUCUACUGCAAACCAACCGAGACAUGCUGGGGCGCUAGAAUGGUAGUAAUCAACUGCCAUCUACAAACCUGCAAGGAAUGUUGGAGAUCCGGUGACAAGCGUAUUGAUCAAGAAGUAGCUAACCUUAUGUCGCAACAAAAGGAAGCAGAGCAACGACGUAAAGAGAGUUUGCCAGAGGAAGAGGAAGAAUCAUUACACUGCGAAGUUGACAGCAACUACGAUUCAAACGCAGAAGAAGACUUUGAAGCCUUGCAUCCGUCUAGACCGACGACCCCGGAACUCGAUCUAGAUCCACAAAAAUUGCCUCGAUGGUUGUUUGGAGCCGAGGUUAUGGGGGAUGCGACGCGAGCUUGUGAACCUGUGAAGCUAGAAAAGAUAUGGAAGAAUUAUCGGGCCCGCAGGGAGAAGACGGAUUGGUAUUUAGUUGAAGAUCUACUGGGAGAGUGGUUAGGCCCGACGGUGAGUAGCGACGAGGACGAGAAAAACGCCCAGGAAGUGGAGGAUGUAGACUUGAGAAAGCGGACUGGGUCGUGCUGCUAG